AUGGAUAACAGUGGAAGCGGAUCAAUCAUGAGGAAUAGGAGGUUGGAAAGCUUCCUCAACACAAGCUCUGCUCCAACGUAUAGAGAAAAACCACAAGUUUCGGUGAAAGAAGCAGCUCAAAAGCCAAAAGCCGAUGUUUAUCAAGACGACGACGACGAUGAUGGAUGGGUUUUAGCUUUGAUAUCUUGUAUCAGAAUUGUCACUUGUUUCUUGACAAUGAUGGUUACAACUUUCAUAUAUCCAUUGAUUAUGCUUGUUCUCCUACCAUGGCCUUAUGAGAGGAUUAGGCAGGGAAAUAUUUAUGGGCAUGUCACUGGUAGAUUGUUGGUAAGCUACCCUUUCUUUCCACUUUUCCAUGUUAAUCUUCCUUCUGUGAAUUAG